UCAAGCGCACUUCCUUCCUUUAUAUUAACGCGCGUUUUGCUAGCUCCCUGUCAGCUACACUACACUCCCCAUUCUCCAAAACCCUAGCUCUCUCUCUCUAAACCUCAGCCUUCGCUCUCUCUCUCUCUCUCUCUCUCUCUCGCUCGCUUACAGAAAUGGAGUUUUGGGGAGUUGAAGUGAAAAGCGGAGAACCUCUAAAGGUGGUUCCUGGAGAUGGCAUGGUUGUGCAUCUUUCUCAGGCUUGUCUUGGUGAACUGAAAAAGGAGAAAGGAAAUGGAUCUGUGUACUUGUUCUUGAAUGUUGAUGGAGAAAAACUGGUCCUUGGAACUCUGUUCCCUGAUAAGUUGCCUCAACAGCAAUUUGACUUGGUGUUUGACCGUGAUUUUGAGCUAUCUCACAACUUGAAAACCGGAAGUGUUUACUUCUAUGGAUACAAGGCAGAGAACCCCUUUGAAAGAGAGGAGUUACCCGAGGAAGAAACCUUUGGUGAAGAUGAUUCGAGUUCAGAGGAGGAUAUCCCAUCUAACAUUGCCAACAAUGGGAAACCUGAGUCAAACGCCAAGCCGGCGAAACCAGAGGAACCCAAGAAGGCUGUUGCUGCCAAAGAGAAGGAGUCAAUUGCUGGUAAGAAAAAAGUGACGACCGUUGAGGCAAAUAAAGAUGUGAAACCCCAAGAGGAUGAUGAAACUAGCAGCAGCGAUUACGACAUCUCAUCUGAUACAGAUGACCCUGAGGAUUCGGAUAUGGAUGACUCUUCUGACGACUCCGAUGACUCUUCUGACGAAGAGACUCCAAAGAAGGCAGAAACAAGCAAGAAGAGACCUUUAGAGUCUGCUACCAAAACACCUGUUCCGGACAAAAAGGCAAAAGCAACUCCACAGAAAACUGAUGGCAAGAAAGGAUCUGCUCAUGUCGACACACCUCACCCUGGAAAACAGGCUGGGAAAACUCCUGCUAACAACAAGCCAAAGCAGCAGACACCAAAAUCAGCAGCAGCACAUUCCUGCAAUAGCUGUGAAAAGAAAUUUGGUUCCGAGAAAGCACUGGAAUCCCACUCAAAAGCUAAGCACGCCGGUGGAAAGUAAUUUGGAGUCUUGAGAGCUUUUUGCUAUUUUGCUAACUUGACAUGGUUUAUUUUGAGAGAAUGAUCUGUGUUUCAAUGGUGUGUAAAGAGGGAGGUUAGGUUUUGAAGUCUAGUUGCAGACUUGGUUAUUACUCUAUUUAGCAUGAUAUUAUCUUUUUAUGUCUUCUCCGAUGUAAGGUUUUGCGAUUACUGCGGUGAAUGUUUCAAGUGGUAUGCUAUCUCUGGAAUUUUCUGGAGCUAGCUUCCUAUUGUUUUGAAUUAUUUCAUUAUAAAAUGCUUCUGCAGUAACAAAUUUGUUUUAUUUAU